AUGAAUCUACUCUUUACAGUCGUCAAGGGGACCCGAUUCUUACAUCCACGAUGGCAGAGGCCUUUCUUGUUCACCUCUGCAAACCCCCCUGACAGCCUGGCCGUGCCCAUUGAGUUUGAAACCGGCCAAGCAGGGCAAGAAGUGCCUCUAACGGAGAAGUCCCGCAUCGAUAUGAAACAAGUGCCGCUUAAAAGCUCAAACUUGCCAGAAAGUAGAGCACCAAAGGUGUGUGAAGCCUGCAAAAGUAAAAGUGAGGAUGACAACGACAUAAUGGAAACUCUUUGUAAAAAUGAUUUUGCGCUGAAAAUAAAAGUGAAGGAGAUCACGUACAUCAACCGCGACACCAAGAUCAUCCUCGAGACCAAGAGCAAAACCAUUUACAAGCUGAACGGGGUGUCGGAACGAGACCUGAAGAAGUCGGUGCUGUGGCUGAGAGACAGCUUGCAGUGCACCUGCGAGGAGAUGAACGACAUCAACGCGCCCUAUCUGGUCAUGGGGCAGAAGCAGGGCGGAGAGCUGGUGAUCACCUCGGUGAAGCGGUGGCAGAAGGGGCAGAGAGAGUUCAAGCGCAUCUCCCGCAGCAUCCGCAAACUGCAGUGCUAGCUGCUCCCAGCGCCCAGGUGGCCCCUGGUGGCGGGCAGGCGGGUGGGCUCCAGAGCUGGCUGACCCGUUCUCCUCCCGGGACUCAGCCCUCCUUCCCAAGCACAGCCCCUGCAGCUCCAGCCCCAACCCGGAGUUCCGCGCCCCUGCCUUUUGCACGUUUGCACCCCCAGCGUCUCCUGAGUUUAAGACCCCAGCAAUGUAUAGCUGUUUUCACCUAAAGAAAAAAAAAAAUAACUCACCCAAAUCUUGUAGACAUAUUCAAACGAAUAAAACCAUGAAUAUUUUUAUGAAGUAUUAAAAUAGCUCACUUUUUUUUUAAUAGCUCACUUUUAAGCUAGUGUUGAAUAGAUAGAUGCAACUGUGACUUGGGUCUUUGUGUUUUUUUUCUUCCCCCUGUUUGGAUCAGCUGGUUUUACUUUUAUGGAGGUUGUGUACGUAACAUGCAAAUGGCCCCAUUUUUCUGUGUGGUGUGGGCCUGUUGAGAUAAAGCUGGCCGUUAUCUCUGCUGACUCGGUGUCCAAGUGUCAGGACAAUUCACCUGUCAUGUUGCACCCUAGUUGGCAACUUCUAGCUGUUGCGUGUAUUACAUUUUCCAGCUACAAUCCUUCUAUUGGUUUCUUACAAAAAUCAUUAUUUUUAAAAGAUUAAACAAAACACAAUGUUAACCAUGAAUCAGAGCAUGAUUUUAUCAGAUUAAGAAACAAACAAGAUAAAUUAACCCAAGUACGUUAAGCUUUGUUUAAAAUAUUUCUUUACUUAAUUUUGCAAAUUAAAGCAUUAUGGCUUACCUGUAAUAUACAUAGCAGCUUACCUUCCAAAGUUGUAAAAAUACUGCUUUAACUAACACUGUAAAUAUUUCAGAUAAACAUUAUAUUCUUGUAUAUAAACUUUA